AUGUGUUUGUGGAGGCUCAACCCGCCUCGCCCUAUCACCGUCCCUACAUGGGACCUGCCCACGGUGUUGAGGGCUCUGAAGAGCCCUCCCUUCGAGCCGCUACAGUCCAUUGACCUUCGUCCCCUGGUGCUAAAAACUGCUCUGCUACUCGCGUUAGCAUCGGUAAAGCAUAUGGCACAUCUGCAGGCGCUCUCAGUGAGCCCCACCUGUCUUGAAUUCGGGCCCAACGACUCCAAGGUUGUCCUGAAGCCGAGGCAUGGAGUGACACGCAUUGGUCGUGAUGAUGCCCCUGAACCUCAGGACAUCACUAUUGAGGGUCCCGGCAUUGAAGCCGAACACUGCAGGAUUGAGAACAGAGGAGGGGUCGUCACUCUUGACCCAUGCAGACACCUGUGUUCACUCGAUGGAGUUCCUGUUACCAGACCCACACAACUUACGCAAGGUGGUACUAUUGACAUAACAGUGCACGAGGUUGUGGAGGAAGGCCAUCUGAAGGAACUGCAUGCUGCAUCUGGAAAUGACAUGGGAGGACAGAGAUUAAAGUGUGACAUUGCUAAUUUAAAAUCUUACGACACAGAUGUGACCGUUUGGUGCCCAUUAAACUUGAAAGAAAUUGCCAGUCAAAGACAGAGCAUGGAAUGUUAUUUUGAAGGUGUUCGUGGAGUAAAAUGGGAAGAUGGUGCAAUCAUGAUUGAAAAACAACAAUUGAGGAGGUUUUUGGAUAACAGUCUCAGGGCAAUCGAAGACAACAUUAAACAGAUUGUGAAAAACACAGAGCUGAGGAUUGAGUACAUGCUAUUAGUUGGAGGAUAUUCUCAAAGUCCAACUCUGCUAGAAUUUAUGAAAAAGCACUUUGGCUCUAGACACAAAAUUCUCUGCCCUGACGAACCCCAGGUAGCAAUAUUAAAGGGAGCCAUCACAUAUGGCAAAAACCCUACAGUGGUGAAAUCACGCAUCAGUACUCUAACAUAUGGGUUUGCUACAAGUAUAACCUUUAAUGAAUCCGUUCACAAAGGCAAGAGUAAAUAUGUUAACAGCCUAGGAGAUGAGUACUGUGACGUCGUCUUUGAACAGCUUGUUAGCAAAGGAGAGUCGGUUCUCUGCGAUGAGCUUCGAGUAUUCACCCGUUGGCCAGCAGACCCCACACAAACAGCAAUGAGAUUCAGAUUUUACAGCACUAAAAGGCAAAAUGUCAAGUUUGUGGAUGAUUGGGGGGUGGAGUGUAUUGCAUCUCUCUCAGUUGGUAUGCCAAAUACUGACAAGGGCAUGAGUCGUAAGGUCAGGUUAGAAGUACAGUUUGGCUCUACUGAAAUGAAGGCAACUGCAACUGAUUUGGAAUCUGUUGAAACUAAAUCAGUCAAAUUUGACUUCAUGAGCAAGUAG